AACAGAACCACACAAUUUUAGGGUUGAGUAAAAUUGGAGGCCGUGCGUUGUGAUGGCAGCGAAGCGUGAAGAAGCCAGAAAGCCGAGGCUAGGUAUGGAGAAGCUGAAGGAUCACCCUGAUCCGUCGGAUAAGUCAAAGAAAGUCUUGUAUUUUUGUUUCAGCGAGUAUUGUCUAGGCACUGGUAAUGUUUACUAUAUACACGCCUUUGAUUUGGAGAAAAAUUGCCAUGUACUUCCAUUGGCAGAAUCCAUUGAAGUGGGUAGAACAAUGGGGUGUGCUCCUGUAAUUAUGGGUUCUGGUGUCCACAGCUCCAAGAUCAUUUUGGCAGGUGGCAUUAGACCGAUAUUCGAUGGAUUAGCCAAUUUCAUACCAAAUCCGUGUCGCAGAGUUCUUGAGUUUGACACUGCGAUUAUGAAGUCGCAUAUUCCCCUUAGCAUACAGCACCAUGGUGACCUUCAACACGGGAAGACUCAUCCCCACGUGGUAGAGCACAGGGAAAAUUUAUAUGUUCUCUCCGUGUUAACAGGUGAGGGGUUCGAGAUGUUCGACCCAAAAUAUGACAAAUGGGUGACUUUGCCCGAGACUCCAUUUUUCCACAGACGCUACCGUGGACACCACACCGAUAGUGUUGUUGUAGGCAGUAAUAUCUUUGUGUCAUGUUUGUCUAGUAUCUACCGCUUUGACAUGGCUGACAGCCGCCAAAUAUGGAAAGAGCACUCUUUUACCAACUGCACUGCAUUGCCAUACGGAUGGGAUGAGAAAACUUUAGCCCUGGAAAUGAGUGACGGGGAUUGGUUGAUUUUCACAUGUUUCCCAGAAUUGAGUUAUGACCCUCAUGAAAUCAAAGACAACCCUUGCUGCGACGAUUACGACUGCAACAACUCAAACAUGGAUGAUUAUCUUCCUUAUCGUCAUCAGCUUGUGCCUGAUCGUCAUUUUGAAUGGCAUGGUACAUCUUUGCCUGCCUAUAUCAUGUCAAAGGAUUUUACAUCACUCACACCUAUUCAACCUCUGCGCUUGCCCGAUGAUCUGUUACCUAAUCAACCAGGCUGUGAAAGGUUGCGUGAUCUGUAUAUGGCUAAACCCCGUGAAAUAGAUUAUAGGAUCGUCCAUCUAGGAGGUCAAGAGAUAUGUCUGGUAUUGUCUAUUGACACUGGAUUUGAGCCCAACGGCCGAGUUUUGAGGAAGAUGCCGAUUUUUGUGGCAAGUUUCGAAUUUCAACUUUCAGACAGUAAAGACGUGUUAACCAUCAAAACGGGGUCUUCUAGUGUUCAGUGUUUUCUACUUGGUGCCCACUCAAGUGCAACUAAAUUAUCCAUGUGUGGUGCCUUUUGGCUGUAAACGUCAGCACUCCUCUCAAAUGGUGCAGUCUCAAAUGGCGUAUGAAAGUUUUGAUAAUGACUCUGUUUGAUGAAUGUGAAACUUUAUUUGCUUUUUAUGGAGAAUGUAAUAUUCUAAGAAUACUCUGAUCUUUUACCUUGUUUUUUCAUUAAAUUGACUUUGGUGUAUUACUUUCAUUCUUAUGACUGAGUGCUUGAAUGGUCACCUUGAACUUAAACCUAUAUUAUACAGAAACUCUUGCAGUUUGAGUCCUGAGGAAAUACCAGUUAUUUAGUGUUCUAUGUUAUGCAUGUAUUUGACUCUUAAUAGUCUCGCUCAAUAUCAUUAUCAGGUGAGUGGGUGUUCCAUAUUGCUGAUGCUUUUUUGCAGGCUCUGGACACCAUUAACGACGUCAAAUCUCCAGCAUACUAUUAUACAUGUUAUUUUAUAACGUUGACCAGUUUGGCCUUGUUAUAAAAUGUUUGCAAUGCUUUAGCACACCUACUUUUAAAUGUUUGCAAUGCUUUGAUUUUCCUUUCUAUUUAAUUUUAAAUGAGAACCAUUUUCUAUAGAUGCUGUGGAAAGAUCAGGUUUCUUUCAUGGUUUAUGAAGAAAAGAAAAAAGAAUUUGCAGUGAUCGACAAUUCAAUUUGAGGUCAAAAUGACAUCAUUCAGAAUGUAGUCUUGAGAAGGUGAAAUUGGUAACUAGAAUGUCUAUGAUCACUUCAAGGGUUUCAUAUCAUGGGAACACCAAAAUGCCAUUGUUAAAAAUCUAUUGUUUGGUUCAGAUGUUAUCAUCACAGGUACUCAACCUUAGUGCUGGCUGUUGAAAAUUGCACCAUGACACCUGAUUUCAUUCUUUUUGAAUAACAAUCUUACUAACCCUCCCUUCCUUUUUCAAGCCCAUCUCUCUCGCAUAUAGACGAAGAUGCAAAGGAACAGAGAAGGUCACAAUUUACUUACAUCACGAACCUCCAGAAUAUCACUAGUAAAAGCCUUUGAUUAGUUUGGUGAAAAGGAGAUGGGACAUAGGUCACCAAUAUUGCUGGAGGCGGUAUCCGUUGGAAGGUAUAUCUUGAUCAUUUGAUUAGUUCACUGUGGCAUGAUGCAAACACAUUUACUGGGAUGGAACCAUUUCUUUUGCAGGCACUUUUCAGCAAGGGAGUGAGUAAACUUGAUGCUGAGAAUGCAAUUAAAUUGGUUUUUGAGGAGGGAGAAUCAGAUAAUGAUCAGAAGUUAGUUCAUGGCCUGUCAAAGCUCUCAAUGGAUAAUUUACUUGUUCAGGCCUCAAAGCAGUGGCUUCGAGGUCAAGAAGUGCCUAAAGAGACAAGGAAAUCAAGGAUUGUUCAUUGGCUUCAGUAUCGUGGAUUCAGCUGGGAUGUUAUUGGCUUUGUAUUAAAGAAGUUAGAAUCUCAGUACCCACCCCAUAACCAUCAACUGAAAUGUUGUGUAGUAAGGACAGGGUUUGGGUCUAUAAUGUCACUUGCUGCUGUGGCUAGAAAAUUACUCACUUUAGCCCUUACCAGUACCGGACAUAAUGUUGCGUUAACCUACCAUGCCACCACCUAGUUUAGGUGGGGCGAAGUCUACUUUAAUGGCAACAUAGCUAGAAGACGAGCAAGAAGUGGCACUAUUUGGCUGUUUUUGAUAGGAAACACCAUUUUGUGUCCGAAAAUUGAAACUCUUUUGUAUUCAUGUAUUGUUUAUAUUUACCUCAAUGAAAUUUUGUUGUUUGUGUU